AUCUCUGUCUCCUGGCCUCCCCUCUGUUUACCCAGGAGGACCUCCUCCUGCCAGGCAGCCACUCAGCAGGACAUGACGUUCUGGUUGCAGGAGCUUCAGCAGAAGAGGUGGGAAUAUUGCAAUAGCCGCGAUGCAGCCAAGAGGAUCCACCAGACGUCCCCGACUCCCAGUGGCUUCUCGAAAGGACUUGUGGCCAAAGACAACGCGGGUGUGAACCUCCUGCCUGCCAACCCGUCGGCCGAGAGAGCCAGGCAUGUCCUCGCCGUGGAGACGGCGCCCACGGAAUGGGUGGGAGAACAGGCCGCGUCCCAGCCGGCCCCGGGCCAGUCCAGCGCCAUCAACUUCUCCCUGAAGCAGUGGCGGGACGAGAUCAAGAACUCUGUGACUUCCUUAAGAACUGGAUGGGGAAACAAUGAAAACCGCAGGAGUAUUUUUUACACAGAAGAGUGGGAAAUGCUAGACCCCACCCCAAAAGAUUUGGAGGAGUCAAUGGCUCAAGAAGAGAAGAGGAAGAUGCCGGCAGAACCCAGCAAAGGUGGGACGGGCUCAGCUUUUCCCUUUGACUUCAGCCGCAUUCCCCACAAGGGCUGGCGUCCUAUAAAGGAAAUGAUUGGAACCAGCAAGAGCCGGAACAGCACAGAGUCUUCCCCUGAUGAGUGGAACGGGAACAAGUUGGCUUCAGAGAUGCAGGUGAAAUUCCAGAGCCAACAGGAGGAAUUGGAGGGGCUCAGGAAAGAGCUGGCCAGCCAAAAGGAGCUGGUGCGGCUUCUGCAGCAGACCGUCCGGUCCUCCCAGUACGACAAAUAUUUUGCUGGGCACCUCUGCGAGGGAGGGGGCUCCAAGGAGAAACUCGAGCUGCUGCACCAGAAGGACGGCCAGAUCUUGGGUCUCAACGACCAGCUGGAGAAGCUGACCCUGGAGAAGGACAGCCUGCAGCAGGAGGUCCGGAGCCUGAAGGGGAAAGUGGGCGAGCUCCACGAGCAGCUGGAGAUGCUCCUGGAGACCAUCCGGGCCAAAGACGAAGUGAUCAUGAAGCUCUCCAGGGAGCUGAGCGAAGGCGGGGACCCCUCGCCUUCCCACGGAGGGCCGGCCCAGCCUUCCACGCCCUCCUCCUCCGCCAGCAGAGAGCAGCAAGAGGUGGACCGGUUGAAAGACAGUCUUCAGGGCUACAAAACUCAGAACAAAUUUUUAAAUAAGGAAAUCUUGGAACUUUCAGCCUUAAGAAGAAACGCUGAAAACAGAGAGAGAGACUUGAUGGUCAAGUAUACAAGCCUGGAAGCCAAACUCUGUCAAGUUGAAAGCAAGUACCUGAUUUUGCUUCAAGAAAUGAAGGCUCCAGUUUACUCAGAGGAGCGGAGUCCUCAUCACGAUGUUGUGACCCAGCUCCUGGAAGAUGCCUUAAAAGCAGAUACGAGCGAGCACACGGAGCAGACCUACUUCAAACCUCACAUGGUCAGUGAGUACGACAUUUACGGCUUCCAAACUGUCCCGGAGGAUGACGAGGAAGAGAAGCUGGUGGCCAAGGUGCGGGCCUUAGACCUGAAGUCCAUGUCCCUUACGGAGCACCAGGACAUGUCCACCGGAGUGAAGUGGGAGAAUUACCUGGCCAGCACCGUCAACCGAGAGAUGGUGCGCUCGGUGGAACUGAAGAGCCUCAUUCGGUCCGGGAUCCCCCACGCCCAUCGCUCCCAGGUGUGGAAAUGGUGCAUCAGCCACCACGUGAAGAAGUUCAAGGACAGCGCUGACCCAGGCUACUUCCAGCGCUUGCUUCAGAACGCCCUGAAGAAGCAGAAUCCGGCCUCGAAGCAAAUUGAGCUUGAUCUGCUGCGGACUCUGCCCAACAACAAGCAUUACGCUUCCCCCACUUCGGAAGGCAUCCAGAAGCUGCGGAAUGUGUUGUUGGCCUUCUCCUGGCGGAAUCCAGACAUCGGAUAUUGCCAGGGCCUCAACAGGCUGGUGGCAAUUGCGCUUCUCUACCUGGAGCAGGAGGACGCCUUUUGGUGCCUGGUGACAAUUGUGGAAGUCUUCAUGCCCCGGGAUUAUUACACUAAAACUCUCCUAGGCUCCCAGGUGGACCAGAGAGUCUUCAAAGACCUGAUGAGCGAGAAGCUGCCUCGGCUGCACGCCCACUUCGAGCACUACCGGGUCGACUCUUCCCUCAUCACCUUCAACUGGUUCCUGGUGGUGUUUGUGGACAGCGUGGUGAGCGACGUCCUCUUCAAGAUCUGGGACUCCUUUCUCUAUGAAGGGCCAAAGGUCAUUUUCCGGUUCGCUCUGGCACUCUUCAAGUACAAAGAGGAGGAGAUCUUGAAGCUGCAGGACUCCAUGUCCAUCUUCAAGUACCUCCGAUACUUCACUCGCACCGUCCUUGAUGCUCGGAAACUGAUCAGUAUUGCCUUCGGGGACCUCAACCCUUUCCCUCUGCGCCAGAUCAGGAACCGGAGGGCCUGCCACCUGGAGAAAGUCCGCCUGGAACUCAUGGAGCUGGAAGCCAUUCGGGAGGAUUUCUUGCGCGAACGGGAGACCAACCCAGAAAAAAGGGACCUCAUUAGUGAUGACGAAGAAGACGGCUGAGGGGACCAGAACACACACCCCCCAGGCCUGAGGCUCCUCUGGUGGAUGGUGAACAAAGCUUUCACCGAGUGGCUCCAGUUCCUCUGGUCACAAUCCACCAAACCCGAAUAUUCAGCGCAAGCGAUGGCGUCUGGGAGUCUGCGGGGCAGAUGUCCACCUCAGCGCUCUUCGUGGCAGGCCUCUUUUUCUCUCUCCCCCCCCCCGACGACCCCGAACCUUACAAGGCCAAAUGGUUCUGUCUGCCACCUUGCCUGCGCGCCCUGGGGGUGCAGAAUGGCCCAGCUCUGGGGCCCACUCACCUCUCCUUCCUCCUUUGAAACCUCCUUUUUUGACGUGCCUGUGUAGGAAGCGAUGGGACAGAGCCUGGACUCUUUUUCAUGCUCACUUUUUUUAUAUAUACAAAAUUCGUAAUGGUUUCCACCACUACCCCCUUCCACCACCACCACCCCCAUCAUUUAUGAGCGUAGACAUUUUUCCAUUUGGGAGAGAGUUUUCUCAUCCAUCUUGAUGACAUUAAACAAAAAUUGACAUUUUCCAUUGACUGGUGAAGGAUGGGUCAUUCUGCCCUGUUUAGGUCUAGCCCAAAUAUUGACAACUCCUCGGCAUAUCUGUAUGCAUACUUAAAACCAGGGGGGAAAAUGUGAAGAGACUGCCUGGAGCCGAUGGUUGGGUUUUUUUGGGGGUUUUUUGUGAAAGUUCCAAGUGCUCUUAAGAUGUCCUCCUGCAGGGUCUUGACACCUCCGUGUUUCAGCACGAAGAGGAACGGAGAUCCCCUUUCCACUGGGUGCUCUGUGAAGACCGCCAUCCGUCAGAGCGAUUGCGCACGGCUGCCUAGCCCUGCCCAGGGAGUGGCCUCGGUUGCCUCAAGAACUGUGAAGCCUGCGGUCUUGCGGAAGCCGCUUUCCGUACUGCGGCGAGGGUAGUCGGAGGCACCCCAGAGACCCUGUGAGCAGCAGGAAGAGGGUGGCCUCCGAGGCGCCUCCCAGAUGAGCCUUUGCUUCCCUCGGCUUUCUCCAUGAGCGAAAAUGCCGUCGUCUUAGAAAGCAGGUCUGCCGAACUCUCGCUGGGGGACAUUUACUUGCUCCUAAAAUAUUACCAUCCCCUUCUCCCCACCCGCUGCAUUUUUCACGUCUCAACUACAUUCCAUGGCAAGUUUGAAAGUGCUCGGCUCCCGUCCUUCCAGCAGAACAAAGGCAGAGAAAUUCCAGGCAGAUUCAUCUUAUCGUAUUUUUGUGAUCUUCGCAAAAAGGUGUCGCCUUAGGGACUGUUUGUAAGCAUGAAGAAAAUGAAGGCAGGAGACCCAUGACUUCAGGGUUGGUGAUCAAGUGGGCUGGCUUGUGUGUGUGUGUGUAAAUGUGAAUGUGCUUAGGGCUUUCCCUUCUCAUCCCCUUUUUGCACACCACCGUUCCUUCCAAAUCCCUUCCUUGCCACCUCUGCCCUCUUCUAAAAUCCCAGGGUGCCUCUUCUGGGGCCGGCCUAGAAGGUUUUGCUUGCUCUCAAGGUGUUCUGCUCUCCCAGAUGACAUUUCUGACGCCCCUUCCCCUCCUGUGCUUUCCGCACAGGCUGCUUUCUGACCUGGACCCUGGACAUCUUCCUUUGCAAAGCCUGGCAUGCAGAGGCAGGCGGGGGAUUCCUUACCUCCGCACACCUAGAAAGCUGCCUCGUGGCAUUGCGGCCAUUCUCUUGGUGGUGGUGGUUAAAAUGAAUCGCCAAUAGGCAUUUUGUUAAAGGAGUUGCAAUGUCCUUUAAAGCCACGGACGAUUUUGAUCACCUGUAGGUGAAACACAAGCCGUGUUGAUGACACACCGUGUGUGGCUUCAGUUCACUCAGAGGCAGAACUGCAUGGCGUGUCUGUGGAACAAUCUCCAGUGUCACCUAGGCGAGAAUCUUCUGUGGCAUAAACAGGAGGCCCCGUGCGAGCUAACCCGCCUAGGUGGGGCUCAGGACUCCAUAUGAUGUCAACCUAGUCUGGCUAGUUCUGUUGUGCCCUUCCUUUUAUGCCUUGCACUUGAAUUCUAAUAAUCUCUUUCCCUGUCUUAUUGGACCUUCUGUAGAAGGAGGGUUGAAGCCCCACCAGCCAGGACCACUUGGACAACCCCAUGGUGCUAGAUUUCGUAGCUGUGCUUUGGAAGAGCUGGCCUCUAAUGAAGUUCGGGAUAGAACAUACUUGUUUAGUUUAGCUCUUGGUAGCGGCAUCUUCAUUCCCUGAAGCGACUAGAACUGAAGAUGUGAGUUUGCUUGAUGAAUCUAGCAGUUGAACACCAGUCUGGAUGCCUGAGGAGUUGUUCACCCCUGCCAGCCUGUGAUUCAGUUCCCAGUCCUUACCUGGCUGGUGGUUCUCCUGCAUGCUCCAAAAAACCCACUGCACUUUUGCUGUCUAAGUUUGGAAACCUCCUUUAUAUUGAGUUUUGCAAAGCAAGAUUGUUGAGGAUGUUCAACUGGUCCAGUUGAUGCCUUCUCCUCUGCGAAGAAAGUUUGACUCGUGGGCGGUGGGUGACCGGGAAGCUGAGCCUGGGUAACCUUUUGACGCAAGCCUACAGUUGGGUGGGAUGAUUCUGAGCCUCAUUCCGUCACGGUAGAACAAACGCAGAAUAGAAGUUAGGAAGUAUGAAAACCGAAGAGCAGUCUUAAGAACCACAGGGAACAGUGGACCAACUUUCUCCCCUCUAAAAGUCUUAUUUACAUCUUUCUCUCUUUUUGUAUGUAUGCGAAGAAUUCCAAGUGGUAUUAUGCAUUAUAUAAGCCAAAUAUCUUAUGCAUGGUUUCUAUUUAAGUCCUUUUUGUACAACCCACACCAUGAGGUUCCAAGUCGUGUGGAUCAAUACUUUUUUUUUUUACACUAAAGGCAAAGAGAAAAGACUUCAGCGUUACAUGGCUCGUUUUUUCUGAAAUAGCACGGUAUACACGUUCCAUGUGCAGUCAGGAUAAUAACUGAGUCUACUCAGUACACAGAGACUAAGCCACUGGACACAAACUGUCAGGAGUACAGCUUGCACCAUCCCCACCGUGAAGAAGUGCACGCUCGUCUUCCUUGUCUGAUGGCAGCGAAGUUGCUCACCUGGAGAGCCUCCUGUUGUAUGUUUCAGUUGGAAAGCCUUUGAUUCUAAUUCCUUUUUAUGUAUACACAUCCUCUUGCUGUCUUUGCCAGUGGACCAGGAAUUGAUGUGCCAUAGUGUGUUACGGGACAAAGAACAAGCCUAAGUCAGUUUUCCAAACAAAUCCAUGACCAUGUUUAUCUCCAUCUCCAGUCAAGACGUGGGAACUUGCUUCUCUCUUGGGGUUUUCUACAACUCCUCCUUCAUCCCUCAGGAAGGGUGAAGGUGCUUUUUACAACAAACUGGAGUGAGUGGCACAAGAAGAGGGUUGCAGUCUUAAAUUGUAAUCUUUCAGUUAUACACAAAUCCUUGCAAGGAAGCAAAUAAAAAUAAUUUUUCUACUGCC